CUAGUCUGCUUCUACGUCACACAACAGGUGUUUUUGAUUCUGUUUUAAGUCAUUCGUGUGCAGAUUCACGAUAGUGCCUGAUUGUGCUGGAGUUAUUGUAGCCAAUAACUUUGGUACAAGAAUAUAUCGACAUGUUGUGUCUUUUUAACUUGGCCUUUUUGACACUUUUGCAUCCUAGAGCGGCUGGACACUCGACUGAACGCCCGAUCUUUAAUGCGAAAGUCUCUAGUACAGAAGACCCACCGUCUUAUCUCGAAUUACCUGUAUUUCUGCACUAUAGGGUGCCUUUGAUAGACAAGAACAAAUUUACUCCAGUCAGUGGAACUGGACACGAACAAUUACCGGAUAAAAUCAGGGAAAUACUGCUACCGAUGUACCCAACACAGAAGCCCUCAAAUCGACCAAGUCAGGCUGGCGAAGUGAUAACACUCUGUAACGUCAACAAGAUGCACGUGCAGGUUAAAAAAAGCAUUUUGGGCUCAAGGGGAUCACCGUCAAAAGUGACACUCGGAACAUGUCAAGCCAAUAAAUCUACAAAAGAUUCCCUCUUCUUUGAAUACGACCUCGGCCUCUGUGGGAGCGAGCGCUCGAUUGUAAACAAUCGAGUUGCUUACUCAAACUCACUCCGAUAUGAUCCUCCGAAGAUCCAAGGGCCUAUCAGGCGAUCAGUACCAUUCACUAUGAAGGUUGUCUGUCUCUUCAACAGAUAUCAUUAUGCCUACAAAAUAGGCUACACGCCAAAAGUCAAGGUGCAGACAUUCUCCAAACAAAUGACCGAAAAAAACAGCAUCCUGCUCACUGCUCGUAAUGCUCAAUGGGCAAGGCUUGGCCCAUCCGAGGGGUUUUAUUUGGGAAAGUCCAUGUACUUCCAGGCUGAAGCACCUUCCAUGUCUACAGACAGACGUCUCUAUGUCCAUUCAUGUCAUGUGACCCUAAAGCGGUCACACACCUCAAUGCCACAGUACACAGUCAUUGACAAUUUGGGGUGCAUGGUUGAGAGCAAAAACCACAGAGGUUCCAGAUUCGUUCCAUAUAAAAGGAGUGCUGUGAGGUUUUCCGUCGACGCGUUUCUGUUUCAAGGAAUGACAGCGGUUCAGCCCCAGCAGCUGUACAUGCACUGUGCUGUAUCUGUGGGAAGGUCAGUCCCUUCGUCCACUGCCAAGGCCUGCAACUAUGAUGCCAAGGCAAGAGGAUGGAAGGAGCUGUAUGGAGCCUCUUCCGUGUGCUCCUGCUGUGACUCAAAGUGCACUUCUGCCGUGCCUUCUACCACCCCUAAGAUGGUUUCCAGCAAACCCUGGUCAUUGGACUACAACACAACCCCUGCUCUGACCCAGGAGGUGUGGACAACGACAGAGGCUGAGGUGGCGGUGCAUUCAGGACGUGGGAAGCAGAUGGGGAGGCCUAAAACCAGACCUGUGAAGGGAUUUGCUGUUGUAGAUGAGCAGGUAUCCGAACCACACAGAACAUUCGAGGAAAUAUUUGGUUUGGAAAAAUAGAAAGGUGUGAUGCCACUGCCUGAUGUUCAUGUGCAUAAUUCACCAAUAAAGAACAAAUGCUGAUCCAA